UUAUUAAAGAGAGUGUAUGGAAACUACUUGGUAACUCCAGAGUCGGGUUACAAUGUCUCUUUGUUGUACGAUUUGGAAAACCUCCCGGCUACCAAAGACUCCAUUGUCCACCAAGCAGGCAUGCUGAAACGCAACUGUUUUGCUUCAGUGUUUGAGAAAUAUUUCAAGUUCCAAGAGGAAGGCAAAGAUGGAGAGAAAAGAGCAGUCAUCCACUACCGAGAUGAUGAGACAAUGUACGUGGAAUCAAAGAAGGAUCGUGUCACAGUGGUUUUCAGCACGGUAUUUAAGGAUGACGAUGACGUUGUGAUUGGAAAGGUGUUUAUGCAGGAAUUUAAGGAGGGCCGUCGUGCAAGUCACACAGCCCCUCAAGUGCUCUUCAGUCACAGGGAACCUCCCUUGGAACUGAAAGAUACAGACGCAGCAGUUGGAGAUAAUAUUGGAUAUAUCACAUUUG